AUGGUCAUUGUCGUCAUUGCAUUAUGCGCAAUUAUGGAGGUACUAUGGGCUCAUAAGUUGACUGAAGCGAAUGAUUUGCAAGCGAAAAUAUUUCACUUUGAAAUCAUUAAAGAUCGGGUGUACGUAUCAUCAUUGAACUAUUUGUCGAUCUUGGAUUUGAAGGAUCUUAAAGCAUUGAAGAACAGAAGGAUAGGCCCCCAAUUGGACAGUCCAUUAUGUAAUUAUGAUUCCAGCUCAUGUCUGCCUGGAGCAACCCCAUCUCUUACCGAUUAUGUUACCAAGAUUAUGCACACUUUACCCAGAGGUGGCUUGAUUGUCUGUGCUACUAUGAAACAAGGCGUAUGCCAAAUCAGGUCAACUGACGAUUUAAGCAUACUCAGUAAUUCCUCGAUAACAGUUGCGCCUAAUGAUAUCGGUGCCACUUGUGUGUCAUUAGUGGACAGCAAUAGCAAUUUAUAUGUUGCUGCUACUGUCACCAAUGAUUCGCCAUACGGAGGAUCAAUUCCAUUAGUAUCUACCCGCAAGCCGCCUAAUUACGACAUCAUUGGUUCCGGGUCGUUGGAGGGUGAAGCAGCAGUUCAUAUCCGAACUGAGUAUCGCUCUCGUUUUCGUGUUUACUUCAUUGCGGCAUUUUUUUCACGAGCACUAUGUUUACUACUUAAAUACAUAUCGUACGGAGAAAUCGAAAUUCAAUGCCAUGGAAUUGACGACAGCAACUACAAUCGCGCAACUGCCGCUUCACUUAUUGAUAAUAAAUUGAUCGUUGCAUUCGCUGACCAAAAUAGCCAACAAUCAGCUAUUUGUGUCUACAAAAUGGAAAAAAUCAAACUAGCAUUUUGGUACAACAUUGAUAAAUGUCGUGUAGGCAUCGAUAGCGUUGGAUUGCCUUACAUUGGACGCGACAACAGGUGCAUUAAUAAAUCACAUCUACCGUUAGCAGAAAAUACCUGUGCUAUGGGUGUUGGCGGGAAAAUUAAAUGUGGACAGAUCGCAAGCUACGAAAUGAACAUGAUUAUUAAAUGCAUGGAUGUUCUUCCUUUCUUCGAUACCUUAAUUAUUAUUAUUGGAACAGAAAAUGCCUUCAUUAUACAAUUAAGAGGAAAACGAUUAUCAUUUUCAAAAUACGAGCAAUUAAAAAUAAGUGCACCAAUAACCGCUGUAAAAUUCGUUAAUGGUCACUACUAUUUGGUUAUCGCAGGGUCAAAG